ACCCACUAGAUUUUGGACAGCUCCCUGCUGCCGCACGCUCCCUGAGCCAGAACAGUGCAACUCGCCCCAGGUCCGGAUCUAAAAACCUACAGCGGCCCCGGACACCAGCCGAAAACCUGCAGCUCAGGCAGGGAAGCGAGUGGUCCUGACCCGAAUCCAGUUGCUAUUAGCCAAGUGUGUGCUUUCCGAAUCUGGGUCACAGACCUACAUUCACCGAGGGAGUCCGAGAUUAGGAGCAGACAGCUGCGCGCAGAAAGCCAGUGCCCAGCCGCAGAAACUCCACUUUUUUUAACUUCUAUCACCAUUUGUCCCUGAACCUGCACCAAAGCAGGCAUCGCAAACUUCACUCUUGAUGGAUGAGAGUGUUGACCUGCCAAACUGCAUCAUGGAUGAGAAUCUCGACUGUAGAUUCAACAACCUUAACUGGGAACAGGUUCAGAGUUUGGAUCAAGUCUUAACAGAAGUGAUACCUAUUCACGGAAGAGGCAACUUCCCCACACUGGAAAUAAAGCCAAAAGACAUUAUUCAUAUUGUGAAGGAUCGGUUGGAAGAGAAUGGGAUUAUGGUCCAUGAUAUUCGUCUCAAUGGCUCAACAGCAAGUCACAUCCUUGCAAAGCAAAACGGAACAAGUUACAAAGACCUUGACAUUAUCUUUAGAGUAGAGUUGCCUGGUGAGGAAGAGUUCCAGGUGGUAAAGGGAGUGGUGUUGGAUUGUCUUCUGGACUUUCUACCACAAGGUGUAAAUAAGGAAAAGAUCACAGGGCUUACUUUGAAAGAGGCCUACGUUCAGAAAAUGGUUAAAGUUUCCAAUGAUUAUGAUCGAUGGAGUCUCAUCUCCUUGUCAAACAACAGUGGGAAAAAUGUUGAGUUAAAAUUUGUUAAUUCGUUACGGCGGCAGUUUGAAUUUAGUGUGGACUCUUUCCAAAUAAUUCUUGACUCUUUGUUACCUCUUUUCUGUUGUCAAGAAAAUGAAAUGACAGAGGAGUCCCAUCCAACUGUCAUAGCAGAAAGCAUGUAUGGAAAUUUUGAAGAGGCAAUGGGUCACCUGAGAUACAAACUGAUAGCCACAAGAAACCCUGAAGAGAUUCGAGGUGGUGGCUUGCUUAAAUACAGCAAUCUCUUGGUUCGAGAAUUUAAACCAGCAUCUGAUACAGAAAUCAAAGGCUUAGAACGCUACAUGUGUUCAAGGUUUUUUAUUGACUUCCCGGAUGUGUCCGAGCAGCAAAGGAAGAUUGAGUCCUACUUACGAAACCAUUUCAUCGGUGAAGAGAAAAGCAAGUAUGAUUACCUGAUGAUACUGCGCCAAGUUGUGAACGAAAGCACAGUCUGUUUGAUGGGACAUGAAAGAAGGCAGACAUUGAACAUGAUCACCCUGUUGGCUCUGAGAGUACUAGGUGAACAGAAUAUCAUUCCAAAUGCUGCCAAUGUCACCUGCUACUAUCAACCUGCCCCUUAUGUCAGUGACCGGAGUUUUAGCAAUUACUACAUUUCACACGGACAGCCACACCUUGUGUAUCAGCCCUAUCCGCUGCAUAUUAAUAUGCAGACUGGUUUGGUUUAAUGAUAUUCAGAAUGCAAAUGCUUGACUUUGAACAAGACACAAGUUUUCAGGUCCCUGGAGAUCUGAAGUAAGAGGACGGUUGUAACCCAUUGAGUGUGCUGUUGGUUGCCAAUGAAGUCAACAAGUCAGAUAUAUGACAAUUGUUGGGUAAUCCAUGUUGAAAGUGACCUGCAAAUAGAUGACCAAACAGUAGGUGUGCCACUUAAUAAUGAUAUGUGCUUAAUCAGUGAAGAAUAGUCAAAAGACCGACUAAGCACAGAUGCAUGGAGUAUAAUGUAGGGAUUUUUUUCUAAAGGUAAAUGUUGAACCAAUACAAAUGUAGAAAGACAUAUUAGUAGGUGAAGUUAGAUGACGGGAUUGAUAGUCCUGCAUACCCCUGCUUUGGUGAUUGUAGUUAGGACCAGAUGGUAAAGCUACUCUGAGAUCAGAAAUAAUGAUUGUUUUGAAAAUAACCACAUUGUACUUGAAUUGUUCUGGUUACAUAACAGUUAAGUAUGUGUAGAAAACAUUUCUUCAACGUGAAAUGAUCUUGUGACAAAGAAAAACUUUAUUGACCAAAGAUUGUUUGUAAAUAUUGCGUCACACAAGUGCCUAAGCUAUGUAGAUAGGUCAUUAAAGCAUCCAAUAAUUCUUUCAGGAUGUGCCAUUUAGUUAUCAUUAAUUUGGGAUUGGAGACAUCGCAUUUAAUUAAUUAACAGCUCAUAUUACACUCAAGCAUAUUAUGGCAUAGAAUGAACCGUUUAUCUAAUUAUGCCGUUGCCAGCAACAUAACUUCUACAAGUGACUACAUGUUUUUAUGACUGCGGGUCGCCUGUAUCAUUUACAGAUAUGGAGUCUUUGAGAUUUCUGUUGCAGCCUUCAGAAACUGACUCAUCAACUUCAGGUAAUUGAAUUCAAGCAGUUGACUGCAAGAGAAGUUACUGAUUGCAAUUUUCACAAGAACUGACUGAUACACCACCAUUCUGUUCCAGGCAGUGCUAAUAAAACUGAAUGCAAGAAAAGUCAUGUGAAGGGCCAUUCACUCACACAUACUUGGAAAUUCAAAGUGUUAAAAAUAUAUAUCACUCUAAAUACAAUUAACGGUACUUCCUGAUGUUGCAGUGUAAUCAUGCAAAAGGCAUUUUAAUAGUUC